AUGCUUAGGAAGGAGUUUUAUGCAAAAGAGAAUCCAUUAAAUGGAAGGCAACGAGACGUCAGAGAUUCUGAGGGUUAUUAUGAAAAUUUAGAGGGAAUUCUUCAACAACUUGCAAAGCAUAACGGUGAGCAAGAAAGGCAAGAUGAAACAGAAAUUCCCGAUGAAUUGGAGAUUGAGCUAGAAAAACCUACAGAACAAAUGAAGGCGGAAAAAGUGGCAGAAUCCGAGAAAGCAGACCCAUCACAUAGCCACAUAGAGGAACAACCUCUCGUAGCCCAGAAAAAAGGCCAAAAUGAGUUCGUCUCAUUCGUCGAGCCGGUUGUGGAUGCUAAGCAGAUAAAGUCGGUAUCAACACUGGAGAAACGUCGCCUCACGCUUUCCUCAGGAUUCUCCGGCGACCUGCCAACAUACAGCAGUAAUUUACUGAUGAUUGCAGUAGGAACCGUACUGAUCGUAGGGAUCGUGGUGUCAGUUAUCGGCGGCGGCUACUACAUAAAAAGACGUCGAAGCUCCACGGAUGACAACGACUACGCACCUUAUGCUGGCACUGGUCCAGGCUUUAAAAAGAAUAAGGUUGAAUAUUUUUUUACAUUAAAAUCAGGUCUUGAAUCGGAUGCUGAAGACGAUGGUGCUGAUGACGAGAACAACUAUAGUGUGUAUGAAUGUCCUGGACUAGCACCAACGGGCGAUAUUGAAGUAUGUAAUCCGAAUUUUGCUGCUCAUCCGUAG